UGGGGGAAAAGGGGCGGGACGGAAUCUGGUCGGGGAAGGAAAAAUAGCUGCUGCUGCUGCCUCAAUUGCUGCUUCCCAAGGAGGCCAGCCUCGGCCGAGGGGGCCCUACGCGGAGCCGCCUGCCCUGAGGGCCUCCUCCCGACUCUGUGUGACUGCACUCAGGUUUCCUAAAAAAAGAAAACAAUGGAGGAAUCUAUAAGCCAAAUGCAACCACUGAAUGAAAAACAGGUGAACAAUUCUGCCAGUGGCUAUGUUUGGCAGGUCACAGACAUGAAUCGACUGCACCGUUUCUUAUGUUUUGGUUCUGAAGGUGGUACUUACUACAUCAAAGAGCAGAAAUUGGGCCUUGAAAAUGCUGAAGCUUUAAUUAGACUGAUUGAAGAUGGUAAAGGAUGUGAUGUGAUACAGGAAAUAAAGACUUUUAGUCAAGAAGGGAGAACAGCAAAGCAGGAGCCAAUACUUUUUGCUCUUGCCAUUUGCUCACAGUGUUCUGAUAUAAACACAAAACAAGCAGCAUUUAAAGCAGUUUCUGAAGUAUGUCGAAUACCUACUCACCUCUUCACUUUUAUUCAAUUUAAAAAAGAUCUAAAGGAAAGCAUGAAAUGUGGUAUGUGGGGUCGCGCUCUCAGAAAAGCUGUAGCAGACUGGUAUAAUGGGAAAAGUGGCAUGACCCUUGCUCUGGCUAUUACAAAAUAUAAACAAAGAAAUGGCUGGUCACACAAAGAUCUUUUAAGAUUGUCUCAUCUUAAACCUUCUAAUGAAGGACUUGCUGUUGUGACCAAAUAUGUUACAAAGGGUUGGAAGGAGGUACAGGAAGCAUAUAAAGAUAAGGCACUUUCCCCAGAGAUAGAAAAAUUGCUGAAAUAUCUGGAAGCUGUGGAGAGAGUGAAGCACACAAAAGAUGAAUUGGAAGUGAUUCAUCUAAUAGAAGAGCAUAAAUUGGUUAGGGAACAUCUUCUGACUAAUCAUCUAAAGUCUAAAGAGGUGUGGAAAGCCUUGUUACAGGAGAUGCCUCUAACUGCAUUGCUGAGGAAUCUAGGAAAGAUGACAGCUAAUUCAGUGCUUGAGCCAGGAAGUUCAGAAGUUUCUUCAGUAUGUGAAAGACUGUGUAAUGAUAAAUUUUUAAAAAAGGCUCGCAUACAUCCAUUCCAUGUUUUAGUUGCAUUAAAAACUUAUAAAACAGGACAUGGGCUCCGAGGAAAAGUGAAGUGGCUUCCUGAUGAAGAUAUUUUGAAAGCAUUGAAUACUGCAUUUUAUAAAACAUUUAAGACAGUUGAACCAACAGGAAAACGUUUCUUGCUAGCUAUUGAUGUCAGUGGUUCCAUGGACCAAAGAGUUUUGGGCAGUAUACUCAAUGCUAGUACAGUUGCUGCAGCAAUGUGUAUGGUUGUUGCAAGAACAGAAAAAGAUUCCCAUAUAAUUGCAUUUUCACAUGAAAUGGUACCAUGCCCAGUGACUAUGGAUAUGACUUUGUGUCAAGUGUUGAAGGUUAUGGAUGAGAUUCCAAUGGGUUGUACCGAUUGUUCUCUCCCAAUGAUAUGGGCUCAGAAGACAAAUACAGCUGCUGAUGUCUUCAUUGUGUUCACUGAUAAUGAGACCUAUUUUGGAAGUGUCCAUCCAGCUGUGGCUCUGAGGGAUUACCGGAUGAAAAUGGAUAUUCCAGCUAAAUUGAUUGUUUGUGGAAUGACCUCAAAUGGUUUUACCAUUGCAGACCCAGAUGAUAGAGGCAUGUUGGAUAUGUGUGGCUUUGAUGCAGGAGCUCUGGAUGUAAUUCGAAACUUCACAAUGGAUGUGAUUUAAUCUUCUGGCACCAGCACUUCACUUCAUGUCCAUUGCUGGCAGUGGAUUUUGCUACAAAUAUCUAAUAACCAGCUAAACUUAACUGAAAAAUGACAAAACAUAUCAGAAAGUUACCCUUUUAUCCUUUUUUCAGAAGGAAAGUAAGAACCUAAAAUUACUUUGUUGUCUACUAUAUGUAAUUUAAACUGCAAAUAAAUUAAACUCAACCAAUAUUUUAUAAAGCACCUACUACUAAACUCACUGUAGAAACUUUACCUCCAACUUCUACUUAGAAGAAAAAAUUUGCAUUCUGAUGCAUUCACUGAAGAACAUUUUUGCUUUAGAAAAUCGUUAAUAAUAUUUAUUAGGUGAGAGCCAAAAAUGAAAGUGGUCUUGACAUCAUAGACUAUGUGCCAUUUUAAACAAUUUGCCUAAGCUGUGUUUAAAAUUUCCUGUGUUCUCAUUCAAAAAGGAUAACUUUGAUACUUCUAUUGUUUGAAUUCCAAAUACUAAACGUACUCUUUGGGUGCACUAGACCAUGUAACUGUGAUGGAAUAUAAAAAAUGAUCUGUAAAGUUUUCUACUUGGGGCAGAGGAGGGAUAAGGAACAGGGGAUCAUACCAAGAAACUUGAGGAAGUAAUCAGAGGACAUCUUAUCCCCCAAAAUAAUUUGUGUGAUCUUUACGAUCACAUUUUUAGUAGUUUUCUUACAUAUUGAAAAUCAACUUUAACAAUUUUUAAUUAGCACUGAUAGAAUGCAAGGUAGGUAAUCAGAAAACAAUAGCAAAUUCUUUGAUUAGCAUCUUUGUAUAAGUUUAUAUUUUGAUAAAGAAUUGUUUUCUAGAGGAAAAACAUUUAAUAAGUUGCUCUGGAUUAUGAGAAUAUUGACAUAAAUUCACUACUUAAAAACAGUUUAGCUAGUCUUGACAAUUCCAAUAAUCAUCAAAAUUAAACUAUAUUAAAAUUUAAAAUUAAUCCUCAGAAAUGAAAAUUUGCCUACUUUGAAAGUAGAUAUUUUAAAAUAAUUAUGUUCUUAACCAUUAUUUUAGCUAAUUGCAUAUUAAAUGAAUUUUUAUUAUCUAUAGUAUAAAACAGCCACUAGCCUCCUAUUGCCAGUUAUUCUUUCAGGUAACACAAAUUUAGUAAACUCUUUUCUGGUCACAGAAAAUAUGUGACAAAAGAUAUGUCUAUGGUAACUUUGCAAAGGACUUUGUGACCAAUCAUUGUUUAUGAAUUAAAGCAAUAGUUCACUAAUAUCUUCAGGGAAAUUUUUUAAAAUUGAGUGUGGUUAUUAAAAUUUUUAUUUAGUACACCAGAGUAUGCUAAAGAACAAAUAUACUCUUGAUAGGAAAUUUUCUUUAAUUUUAAGCUUAAAACUUCAUUGUUCCUAAUUUUCAUAUGAUUAUUCCAACAGUAGUCUCUCAAUAUUAAAACUUUAAUUUUUCAUUUAUUAUUUUUUAAAAAUUAGUGUGUAAGAAGUAAAACUAGCAAAUACAGAUCUUAACUUUCCACUUGCUUAGCCAUUAGAGAUAUGCAUGUGUUUGGUGGGGUCAAACAGUAUUAUUGUAGUUUAUAUACAUAAGUUUUUUCUACUUUUCGGAAAAUUUUUUCAGAACAGUAAUUUUAGAACUGUGAUAAAGCUAUUAUUGCAACCAUGACUUCAGAUAGCCUGGUAGCAGUUUCAAAUUGCUUCCUGCAUGAGUCAUACUAUAGUUUCUUCCAUACUUUAAGGAUGUAUGAUUCUAUUGUUGUCAGUAGCUUCUCCACCAAGGUAGAUUACAAUCUGUCAGUUACUAGGCAGUGUUUGAGAGCGGCCAUGGCUAAAAAACUUAUCCUUCCUGCAGCCAGCCUGGCAGUGAGCAUCUCUUGUCUAGCUAAGGUGGUCCUUGUAUAGCAGUUUAUCACCAGGCUACUCCUCAAAAGCCCUUCCAGCUUGGUAGAAUCCGCCAGACAGCACUUCCUAGAUUGUGAGAAUAUAGGCCAUAUUUUUAGUAAAUCAAGUUGUUACCAGAAAACAUUCUUUCUCAGAAUGCAUUGUUACUUCCUAUACUUCUGACGACAUAACCAAACCUAAGAUAUAUUUCUAAAGUAUUUGAAUUUUUUAGCUUUCUUAUCAGAUUUUAAGUGAUAACAUGUUAAGAUGUUUUUGAUACCUAAAACUGUCAUACCAUCCAGACAGAAUUUAAAGAACAUUUGAUGGAUGUAUAUAAUUAGUUAUUAAAAUUACUUUUUGAGUACAAUUUCCUAAGUUAAAAAGUUAGAAAUACAGGAUGACUACUCCUUGUAGAAAUGUUGAGAUAAAGUAUAAAAACAGAGACUUAUUACAAGUGUAAAAUAUUUCUUUUUUGUAUCUAUAAAGUCAACAAUCUUUUAUAAGUAUCUUCAGGAAUUAAUAUCAGAAUCAUUCAGAGAAAUAAUUGUGACCUUGGGAAAUAUAAGUCUAAUUUAAAAGAUUAUGGGGAUCAUGAUGUAGAUGAUGGAUUGUUUUGUUUUGUUUUGUUUUUUUAAUUAAAGUACCAGAGACAUUGGAGAAAAUUUGUUUAAGCUGGUUUUUAAGGGCUUGGUUUUUUUUUUUCCCCUAGUGAUAAAAUAAAGUUCUUUUGGGAUGUUAGAAACAAUAUCUGUCACUUUGGUUAGCCUUUUAGGAGAGGGUUUUAGAAAAGGUUGUGUGUAAGUUUGUGGCCAAUGUUAAAGGACCAUGUUACUCCUACAGUUUCCUCACAAUUCACGUUGACACAGUUUGGGAGUUGAAUGUGUUUAUGGGAAUGACAAGGUGCUGUUAACUUACCUCACUGUAAUAAAUAUACUAAGGCACAAAUUCUACUUUGUGAACCAUUUUUAGCUUUACUUCAAUUAUGAGAAAAAAAAGUUGCUUUUAUAAUCUCAAAUACUACAUAUUACUAUUAUACCCUAAUUUUCCAUAAAAAGCAAACAUAAUCUUUCAAAACUGAGGCUGGAGAAGUGGUCUUGUAAAGGGAGAGAUAGGAACUUGAUGGCCACCUAAAAGUAUUUGAAGAACUAUCACGUGGUAAAGGGAUUGUGAGAUUUGUUUUGCUUGGUCUCAGAGGGCAAAUCUAGGAACAAAUGGGAAAGUUGCAAAAAUAUAAAUUUAGGCUUGAGUAAGGAGUUCCUAAUACCCUUUCCAGAAAUGUUCUACCUCAGGAAGUAGUAGGACCCCACUGCAUCCCUUCCCAACCCCACCUCCCCUUCCCCACUAAAAGUCUUCAAGCCCAGGCUGGAUCACCAUUUGUUGGGUAAGUGGUAGAUUGUAAUGUUGUUCAGAUAGGAAUUCUACUUUGCAAAGUCAUAGAAUAAAAUUUAGUGCUGGAAGGGACCAGAGAGUUCAUCCAGUCCAACCCUUCCUCCCUAUACCCCUGCCCCCCAAAAAUUUACAGAUGAAGAAAUAAGUUGAGUGAUUAAGUGACUUGCCCCCUUAUAUCACUGAGAUAGUUUUUAUUCUGUUGAUUAAAUAAUUAAACAAAGUUUUUUGCUAGUUCUACCCUACAGGCUAAAUAGUGGGCAGGUCAUGGCAAUUCUGUUUCAUUAUUUUAUAAUAAAUACUUGGUCAUGUAAUUUAGCAUUUUUUGUAAACAUUAAGUACUUUUGAUUUAGGGAUAUUAGAUAAUUUUGUUUAGUUAGCUAUAACUUUUGUUAAACAUCUCUGGCAUCUCAAUUGCUGCAUGACUGAACCACUUUACAACUCAGUUCUCUAGCUAUAGAAAAAUAUAACUUGUACCUGAAAAGGGUUUGAUCUUUGUCAAGCACUUUGAGAAUCUGUGGGAAAAAAAUCUGUAGUAUAAGUAACAUUUUAUUAAUCAAAGACACUGCUUGUAAGUUUGUGAUCUUCUUUUGAAAUAUAUGGCCAGUGUACUUUGAAAACCACUUUACUUAAAUAGGCUUGUUUAAAAACAAAAUAUUUAUCUAAAUUAUCUUGUGAGAAAUAGGUCAGUGGGGAUUGGGUAGAAGCAUGGAAAUAAAAUACCAAAUCUACUCAAGUGGAAUCAAGGACUCAAAUUUUGAAUGAGGGAAAGUCCAUCAGAAAACAUUUGACCUCUUGAUUUUAAAAUUUAUUCUUUAAACUGCAGAUUAUUUUAAGGGACUUUAAUCUUCAUUUCAUAACAUAAUUUUUUGCCAUAAGAAAAAUUAUGCAAAAUUGAGAAAGAAUCAUAGGAUGUGAUCUUUUAUCUUUGGGUGAUGCACCAGAAUUUCUGAGUAAAGUUUAGGAUCUGACACUGAAUAUAAAGAUUAAUAUAUUUUAAAAUUAAAAUUGUUCUCAUCUGUGGUUGAAUUUGUAUGUAGCUUAAAGAAGUUAUAGUUAGUAAUCCAUAAACAUACCACUAUAGCUUAGGAAACUAGUGAAAAGGCACUGUUUAUCAACAGUGUUUUCAUAUGACAUACAUUUGAUAAUGUGGUAGAGGCACUGUAAAUAUAAGAAUGUACUAUCACGUUUAAAAUAUAUAAAUUUCAAAAACAAGUUUAACCAUAUAAAUAAUAACCUUGUAUUUAUUGUACAUACUUCUGGUCUUAGGUAACUAAUUUCCCACACUACAUCUUUUCUACCUCUUAGUGAUACUCUUAUCUUACUACCCUCCUUCUUAUACUUAAUUUUUUCCCUCUUAUUAAAAAAAAAAAAACAUUAUUUCCCUUUUGAUAUCUUAUUCCAAUCCUGCUCUACUGGGGUUAUGCACAAUUGUAAUGUAGUACAUAUGAAUCAGAAAAAAAGUAAAUUUUAGUUUUGGCAUGUUUAUUAGUUUCUUUGCUUAUAGGACUAUUCUUUUAAAUGCCUUAAAAAUUUAAGAUUUUGAUAUUUAGUUUUAUACUAGCAAUAUCUGAACAAUGUGCAAAUCUACUGGGAAAAAACCUGAACUUAAUAUCUUAUCCCUAAAGCAGUUGUGAUAGCAGUUCAUCACAUAGAGUGUGUUAAUAGCUGCCCAAAAUGUCUUAAGAUCAGAUAGUCUUUAAAUAAAAAAAUUAGAGCCAACCAUAUAAGAACAUUAUUCCACCCUGGAAGUAGCAUUACUUGAAUAGGUCUUCUAAGUAAAUGGCAUUUUAAAAUUCUGUGUUCUCAUUAUUAGAGUCAAUAAAAAUCUGCAUAAGUACUAGAAGUCUCAGUAAGUCUGUUUAUACAAUUAGGGCAUAAGAAAAUCACAUAAGCAAAUAACUUUUAUUCAGUCUUCAUACUUUUACAACGUACCAAAUCAUUGGAUUUUCUUUGGAAAAGAUUGUCUUAAUCAUGUGUGACUUUUUUUACAUGGUAAACUGACAAGGGAACAAGGGCAUUAGUUAACUCUACCUUCUGGAUAAAUAUGUAAUAAAGUUACUUUUAAACACUGAAAAUAUCAAAUUGUACUAGAAGUUUUAUAAGCAGUAAAGUGGAUAAUAUAAAUUGUGGGAAUUAAAGUUGGUAAACCUGUAACUCACAGUUAUGAUCGAAUUCUCUGUGGAAUUGAUGAUGAAAUUGUGUGGCUAGCUAGCUGUUGUUUCUGAUACUGUAAAGCAGAUAGAUGUUUUCUUCUGGUUCCACAGCUGUGGAGUUUCUGCUCCACUUAGAACCUACACCAAAACAACUUUUGUAACCAAACAAACAAAAAUAUAUUCUCUUGGUUGUUCUUUUAAAAGUCAGGGUAGUAGGGUUGGAUAUUGAUAUACAAGGUCACACAUAACUGUUGGAAUAUGCAAGUUAAGAACUAAUUCAAAACCGUUAUUAAAGUUUUGAAAUGAAAA